UUUUUGAGUUCUUAAAAGUUAAAUUUAUGUUUCGAAAAUUUAUUUUUUGAAUUUACACCAUCGAAUGUAAUUUUUGGCCACAUAAAGUUUUUAUUAUACUAAUUUAAAAAGAAUUCUUCAUCAUCGAAUAAACAUUUUGCGAAAAAAAUUUGAAUUUUAAUCGAAACUUAAAAAAAUAAAAACAUACUUAAAAAUAAAUAUUUUCAACUCAAUUUUUUAUUAAAAUGGAAGAUAUAUUCUACUGGUGCCGUGAAAAUAACACUAUUCAAGUUAGGUUGUGGCUUGAUGAUACAGAAAGUGACUUCAAUAAAGGUGAUGAUCACGGAUUCUCGCCUUUACAUUGGUCAGCCAAGGAAGGGCAUACAAAAAUUGUAGAAAUGUUGUUGUCAAGAGGUGCAAGAGUUAAUGCAACUAAUAUGGGAGAAGAUAUACCAUUACACUUGGCAGCUGCUCAUGGCCAUUUGGAUGUAGUACUAAUGCUGAUUAAGGCUAAAUCAGAUAUAAAUGCACAAAAUGAGCACGGGUGUACACCUUUACAUUAUGCUUGCUUCUGGGGUUAUCAACAUAUAGCAGAAGAACUUGUAAAUCAUGGUGCAUUAGUGUCACUAGCCAAUAAAGACGGCGAUACACCUCUCGAUAAAGCAAAAGCAUUAUUGGCAAAACGUCUUCAUGAUUUGGCAAUUGAAAGUGGCCAAGAAUUGAAAAAAAUUAGUAUCAAGGAUAACAAUUGGUUAGGAUUAAAGACGAGAUCUCGUGAUGCUACAUUGUCACGAUACAAAGGUAUUAAUAUUGAAGAUUUGAAGCUUCAUACAAAGGUAUCAAUAAGUCCAUCUGGAGAAACAUGGCGUGGAAGGUGGCAAAAUAAUGAUGUAAUUGCAAAGAUACUUGCUAUUCGUGAGAUAUUACCAAGAAUAUCACGCGAUUUUAAUGAAGAAUUUCCAAAAUUGAGAAUUUUUUCCCAUCCAAAUAUACUUCCACUUAUUGGCGCUUGCAAUUCACCAAAACAUCUAGUAACAAUUAGUCAGUAUAUGCCAAGAGGAUCACUUUAUGACCUUUUACAUUCAGCAGCCGGAAUUGUAGUUGAUACAGCACAAGCAGUUCGUUUUGCUAUCGACAUUGCAAAGGGAAUGGCUUAUUUACAUUCAUUGGAAAGAAUAAUUCCAGAAUAUUUUCUUAACAGUUUUCACGUUAUGAUUGACGAGGAUUUGACAGCACGCAUCAAUAUGGGUGACUGUAAAUUUUCUUUCCAAGAACGUGGACGCAUUUAUAAUCCAGCAUGGAUGGCUCCAGAAACAUUGCAACGAAAACGUGUUGAUAGAAAUUGGGAGGCAUGCGAUAUGUGGAGUUUUGCAAUAGUCAUGUGGGAAUUGAUGACACGAGAAAUUCCAUUUGAUGACCUUUCACCAAUGGAAUGCGGAAUGAAAAUCGCAACAGAAGGUUUACGCGUACAAAUUCCUCCUGGAUCAUCAGCACAUUUAGCAAAGUUAAUUAAAAUCUGUAUGAAUGAAGAAGCUGGAAAACGUCCACGAUUUGAUAUGGUUAUACCUAUAUUAGACAAAAUGGGGUCGAAAUUUUAAAAUUGCAGAGAAAGUGUGUAUCAAAUUAUUUUGAAUUAUGUUCUUAACAACGAUAAAUCUCAGCAGCUGCACAAUAUGAUUGAUUAAUUUUUUUUUUGAAUCCAUUCAGUGCCAAAAUUAAAUAUUUUGAGCAUGCAUAUAAUCUCAAAUGCAUACUGUAGACUUAGUCAUCGAUUAAUCAAUUUACUUGAGAAAUAUAAUCAAACUGCUUUUAAUAUCAAAAUAUGGUGUCUUAUACUAAUGUGCCUAAACAAGAAAAUUUUUUUUGUUGUAUAUGAUAAGUUUUUUAUAAAAAGGUUACCAGGCUCUUAACUAAGUCAUUAAUUUUUUAAAUUUUACGUUUUAAAGUUGAAAUUUCACUUAAAAGUGUUUUUAAUAAACAAUUGAGUUUAUGUUUAUCUGGUAACUUUACAAAACUAUUAAGGUCUUACUAAUUAUUUCACUUACAAAUUGAAUGUUUUUUUUUAUUUAACAAUUAAUAAUUUACCUAUGAAAUUUUGCAGGACUAUAUAAAAUAAUAAAUUUUGAAUAUUUUAAAUGAAUUCUAGGAAUUUUGAAAAGGAUUAUUUUUGUUAAAAGGAUCUUACUUAGUGACAAUAUAAAUUACUUCUAUUUUUGUAAUAAAUGAAACCCGAUAAAAUUAAUAA